UGGAACCCAGAGAAGAAAACAUCUCCAGAAGGCAAGAAGCAGGAGCUAUCGGCGAGGCGUCUCUCUUUUUCCAGCCGCGGGAACCUUUUUUUGCCCAGCCUCUCCACCCCAUCCCGAGAGACAGGCUUGACGGCGAGGCAAACUUUGAGGACAGCCUCCUGCGGAAGCGGCACGCGUCCCCCUGGAAUCGCCACAGAUACCGUGCUCAGAGGACUGAGCGGGGGCGCGCGCGCGCGCCUGUCUGGAUGAGGCGGCAGGAACCGUGAGCAGUCAAGCCUCGGCCACCCCCUCCGCCAGCCCGCCUUCCCUCCCACCCGCUCCGCAAGAUGAGUGCUACGCUCCCGAGCCUCCUGGCCUCGCUGGCCGUCUUGCUCCUGGGGAGGGUGGACCGCCUUGCCGACGCCUGCAGCUGCUCCCCGGUGCAUCCGCAACAGGCGUUUUGCAAUGCAGAUGUAGUGAUCAGAGCAAAGGCUGUCUCUCAAAAAGAGGUGGACUCUGGGAAUGACAUCUAUGGAAACCCCAUCAAACACAUCCAAUAUGAGAUCAAACAGAUAAAGAUGUUUAAAGGGCCAGAACAGGACAUUGAAUUCAUCUUCACAGCUCCCUCCUCAGCAGUGUGUGGAGUGACACUGGAUGUUGGUGGCAAGAAGGAAUAUCUCAUUGCAGGGAAAUCGGAGGGCAAUGGCAGGAUGCACAUCACCCUUUGUGACUUCAUCAUUCCUUGGGAUUCCCUUAGUGCCACCCAAAAGAAGAGUCUCAACCAGCGGUACCAGAUGGGCUGUGAAUGCAAGAUUUCCCGCUGCCCCUCCAUCCCCUGCUAUGUCUCUGCUCAGGACGAGUGUCUGUGGACUGACUGGGUGACGGAGAAGAACAUCAAUGGGCGGCAGGCAAAACACUAUGCCUGCAUCAAGCGGAGUGAUGGUUCCUGUGCGUGGUACCGUGGAGUGGCUCCCCCUAAACAGGAGUUCCUUGACAUUGAGGAUCCUUGAGUUCCUUUGGCACCGGCAGCAUGGCUUGCAAGGAAUUAGAUCGGUCCACAUUUGACAUCACUUCCUGGAAACAGCAUGAAAAUAAAAUCUUAUGGGCAGGCCAAUAGUGGUGGGUGGAGAGUGCUAAGGAAAGGGAUGCUGAGGCCAUUCAUACGUUGCUGCUUCUGCUUUUUCUCCAGUGCUGUUCCAGUGAGUGUCUUCUUACUCUAUGGUAUAAGGUAUAAUGGAGGAAGACAGUAUCAACAGUAUGAUUGGCUGAGAGGUUUUGUCUCCGAUUCUGGGUAGCAGGCCUACCAGGUUCUUACUGUCUUGAGAGACAUCCCUCCUUGUGAAGAAAACUCGUAAACCCUCUCUUUCCCACUCUCCCACCUUCUGCCUGGUCAAACCCCCUCUUCUUUCCACAUAUGAAAUUAUUCCACACUUACCACUUUAAAAUCAUUCCUUUCUCUUAGACACAUACACAGAGACACAUGUGGUGGGCUGAGAUUAAACAUGCAUUUUGGGCUCCAUGAAAAGUAGUGGUGGUGCCAUCAGUCCAGGGCAUCCUUUUACACUGGCAAAGAGAAGAGUUGUGUUAUCUUCCAAGGACUAAGCAACUCUUUGAAAAUUGACUAUCUGAGAGAGACAGUAUCCUCUUUCAGGGGCAAAAAUUGGAGGUAAUUAUGUUACUAAGUUAAUAUAUGUAGCCUGGAAGGCAUGGGAGAUACAUACAGCUUUUAGCUUUGCAACUGGAAUUGUCAAGUUUCAGUUUUAAAAAACUGUUUCAGGAUAUGGGCUUACUCCAUAUGCUUGAUCCACCUUUUUCAUAUUUGUGCCAUUAAUGUAAUUCUGAUAUCAGUCUCUCUUAGCCAGUUGUAAGGUUUGCUAUUUUUGUUAGUAUUUUGGAACUUUGUAGACCAAGGAAUUGUCAUCUUCCUCUUGCUCCUCCAAAGUUCCUGGCACAGAGUAAUUUUUAAUCAGACCAAUGUAGUUCCAAGCCCUGCAACUUGCUGAAUGGAGAAACCAAUUAUUGCAACAAGAAUUCUUUGCAGAUGGCAAACAUUUGUGUUCUCUUCCCAAAUAUGUGAUUAGGAGAGCUGGCCGAUGAUAUACAGAUACAUUUAUUAAACUGUGAUUAUAAAUGCUCCUUUGGAGUAAUGACAAAACCCUCCGCUGUUUGAAAAGGACUAUUAUUCAAUUCAACCCUUCCAUUCCCCCUUCUGAGCUUGUCCUUUCUUUCCUGGAUUUCCCCAAGCUGUGUGUGCCCCCCCCUCCUUUUGGGAUUCUCAGACCUAGAUCUGAAGGACACUCACACUUGAGCCUGCCCCCUGUGGCCUUUUCAUGCUGUUCAUCAAGGUAGAAUUUAAAGAUGUCAUACUGGGCCAGUCUGUUGAUUUCAAUAUAUUUUUAAAACAAGAAAAAGGAAAAAAAUCUGUUCAGUCCAGUAUAAGACUCCUGAUUUACUUCCUGUACGGUUAUAUCCUAUGUGACAUUUACCUUCUUUCUCUCUGUUGAUACUUUUUGAUUUUUAAUUUUUUUCAGUUUGUUUCAGCAAUCAGUUGUAUCAUUCCUCUAUUAUGUUUUUUUUAAUGUCCUUGUUUAGCUGUUAGAUUUGCACUUAUUACUUUGUAAAGGGGUUCUGUGUUGGAAGCUUUUAACAUACAGUUGGGAAGAAUGUCAAAUGUAUGGAGGACAAUGUUCCUUCCCUCAUUGCGGAAUGCCAGCGGAAGCAGUAUUCUGUUCCGGUCUUCUCUGGUUUCUCCUGCAGCAUGUGUAAGUUUUUUACAGAGACUGGAGGAUGGCAGCAACACGUGACUGCUUCUUGCUAGCCAAACUGCAGCUCCCAGCCUGCCAGAAAGCAAACAAACUUAAGUUGGCCAUUUAAGUAGUGGUGUGAAAACAACUCUUGCAAAAGACCUAUUUAUGGAAAAACAAUAUAAAAGACUCCUCAAUUGGCUUAAUUUAUAGCUGUGGGUUUUAGUGUCACGCAUAACUUUCCCUGAAGCACCCAUAACAGAACAGUUUCCCCUCCACGCCAGCAAUUCGAAAAUAUUUUAAAAAAUAAUAAUAAAGAGUUUACAUUAUUUUCAAAUCUUUGCUUAGUGAGUAUGAAAAGAUAAGUUAACUUGCUGCCGUAAUUUAAAGCUUUUUGGGGAGCAGCUGGGGUGGGAAGAUUGUUUGGUGGGUAGAAUAAUAUGGGGUGGGUUGUUUUUGUUGUUGUUGGAUUCUGAAAGCUGAGAUUUUCUUGUGCUGGGAACACAUGAAAGUUGCUGAAUAGACAAGCAGACUGUGCAUGUCUCUGACGCUUUGUAUAAUUCGUAUGUGGACACUUGAGUCUCCGGACAAUAAACAGUAUUAUCAAAGAAAA